AGCAGUAACUCACUUGGUUCACGUUGCUGCUCAAGUUUGCAAAGGAAAGAUACUCCGAACUUGUUUCUAGGGUUUCCAAUGGCGAUUGCAGAAACAAGUCAACAAAAAUUCUAUAAUCCCAAUCCCAAUCCUAAUCCCUUCAAAACAAUGCAAACUGGAUUCUGUUGAUUCACGCUGCUGCGGAUAAGCGCAGCCAGAACAAAUUUUAAUUUCAUUUUUUCGCUUUCGAACUCCAUGGAAAGGUCUAGAUCUAAGAGAAACUACUACUAUGACCAAGACUAUGAUUCCGAGACCGUCGCCAGGACCAGGCCGCGCUAUAACCACCACUACAGCGCCGCCAGCCACCGCCACCGCGGCGGCGCCGCCCGCCACGCCAAGACGCAGGACUCGCCGCUGACGGUGACCACCAGCUACCGCAUUCUCUGCCACGACAUGAAGGCCGGCGGCGUCAUUGGCAAGUCCGGCAGCAUUAUAAAGUCCAUUCGCCAGCACACCGGCGCGUGGAUCAACGUGCACGAGCUCAUGCCCGGAGACGAGGAGCGGAUCAUCGAGAUUUCGGACACGCGCCGCCGCGACCCCGAUGGGAGAAUGCCGUCCUUCUCGCCGGCGCAGGAGGCGCUGCUGCUGAUCCACGACCGGAUUCUCGAGAGCGACGCCGCCUUUGGGGUGCCGGAGGAGGAGGAGGACUACGGCGGAAGGGGUGGCGGCGGCGGCGGCGGUGGGAGCGGCCGCGUGGCCACGAGGCUGGUGGUGUCGAGAAUGCACGUGGGGUGUUUGUUGGGGAAAGGAGGGAAGAUUAUUGAACAAAUGAGGAUGGAAACCAAGACGCAAAUUAGGAUACUCCCUAGAGAUCACAACCUUCCUCGUUGUGUUUCCAUGUCUGAAGAGAUUGUUCAGGUUGUAGGUGAUGUAAAUGCUGUAAAGAAUGCUCUACUAAUUAUAUCAUCACGGUUGAGGGAGAGCCAGCACCGUGACCGUGGUCAUUUUCAUGGACGUGUACAUUCGCCGGAGCGUUUAUUUUCUCCUGAGGAUGAUUAUAUCCCUCACGUGACUAGUGGAUCUCGUAGAUCCUCUGUGGAUGGGGCCUCUUUUGGGUCUCGGGCAUCUACAGCAAAUUCCAGAAACAAUAACCACCCCUCAUUAAGUUAUGCAAUGGAGCCUGGGGCUGCUCCUGUUGCUGAUGAUGCACAGGGCUUCUAUGGGGAGGAACUUGUUUUCCGUGUACUUUGUCCAGUUGAGAAAGUUGAUCGUAUUAUUGGGGAAACAGAUGGAAUUGUAGAGUUCCUUCAGAAUGAAGUUGGGGUAGAUGUUAAGGUCACUGAACCUGUUGGUGGUUCGGAUGAACAGAUAAUUAUUGUUACUUCGGAGGAGGGUCCUGAUGAUGAGCUGUUCCCAGCUCAGGAAGCUUUGUUACAUAUACAAACUCGCAUUGCCGAUCUUGUUCUGGAUAAGGACAAUACUAUAACCACCAGGCUUGUUAUCCCAUCUAGUGAGAUUGAAUGCUUAGAUGGAAAAGAUGCUUCACUUUUGGAAAUAAGGAGGUUGACUGGUGCUAAUAUUCAAAUUUUACCUAGAGAUGAUCUACCUCUCUGUCUUGCAAAAACUGAUGAACUGGUACAGAUUGUGGGAGAGAUUAAAGCAGCCCGAGAUGCUGUUGUUGAGGUAACAUCAAGAUUAAGAAGUUACCUGUACAGGGAUUUCUUUCAAAGGGACACAGUGCCACCACCAGCUCCCUUACCUGGUGUGGAUGCAUCUUCUUCCAAUAAUGUAGUUCCAGUUACUGAAACUCCCACAACCUAUCAAAAUGUGCAAACUGUUGCAGCAGCCAUUCCGUCAAAGGAAGUUGGAGGAUCUGGCACUGAGACAGGAAAGCCAAAAGAAAGUGACCGCCGCGAUGAUGUGCUUAGUAGUUUAAAUAGGAUUGCUGUGCCUCUUGUCACGAGGAGUACACUUGAAGUUGUUAUACCAGAGUAUGCAGUACCAAAGCUUACGGCAAAAUCCAAAAAGCUUGCCCAAAUAAGUGAGUUAUCAGGAGCCAAUGUAACCCUUGUAGAGGGUAAAGAAGAUGUGUCACAGAAGACUAUUCAGAUAUCUGGUACUCCAGAGCAGGCUGAGAGAGCCCAGAGCUUGCUCCAAGGAUUUAUUUUGAGCACACAAGAAGAUGGCCCUUAAGUUACUGCCCGAGACAUUUUGUUCCUUGCACUGAUUAGUUUUCCAUAUGUUUACAAGAUUGUGGUGGCCAAUAGAAAUUUUCAUUGUGAAAGAAGCAUCUCACUGUAAAUAUUGUACUAAGAGAGAGCUUCUUUGUUAGUUUUGUUAGUAAUUUAGCAAGUGCAUGAGAGCAAUUGUUAGCUACCCUGGAUGGUGUUUUUUUCUAGUUUAUCACAUUUGUUAAUCUCUGAGUAAGAAAUCAAAAGGUUUUACUCAAGCCUGAAAAGGGGAGGGUCUUUCUCCCUCAAUCAUGCGGUUUCCAUUA